AGCCGGCUACUAGAGUCAGCAGUAGUCCUGUUCUGACGUCGGGUACCGGGCAGGGUCUAGAAAGAUGUGGGUGUUUGGCUACGGGUCCCUCAUCUGGAAGGUGGACUUCCCCUACCAGGACAAGCUGGUUGGUUACAUCACAAACUACAGCCGGCGCUUCUGGCAAGGCAGCACUGACCACCGCGGGGUUCCGGGCAAGCCUGGAAGAGUUGUGACUCUUGUUGAAGAUCCUGGGGGCAGUGUAUGGGGUGUUGCUUACAAACUACCAGUAGGAAAAGAAGAGGAAGUAAAAACAUACCUUGACUUCAGAGAGAAAGGAGGCUACAGAACUACAACAGUCAUUUUUAAUCCAAAAGAUCCCACAAGAAAACCAUUCAGUGUUUUGCUCUACAUUGGAACAUGUGACAAUCCUAACUAUCUGGGUCCUGCACCUCUGGAAGACAUAGCUGAACAAAUUUUUAAUGCAUCUGGUCCAAGUGGAAGAAACACAGAAUAUCUUUUUGAACUUGCAGAUUCUAUUAGGAAACUUGUGCCAGAAGAUGCAGAUGAGCAUCUCUUCUCUUUGGAAAAAUUAGUAAAGGAACGUUUAGAAGGAAAAUAGAACCUCAGUAGCACAUAGUCACCAUCUCUUCCAAACAGGCAAAGGGGCAUUCUUACUUGAACAUCUUAGUAUUUAAUGUUGUAAUUGGAAUAUCAUCUAACUUGACUGUUUAUUACAAAUGUCCUAAAACAUAUUCAGAAGAUUUGCAUACAGAGAAAGAAAGAGUUGAAGUUAAACAAGUGACUUCCUAACUAAAUGACACAAGAACAUUUGUUCACUGGAAAUACAGGUCUCAAUUCACUUCCUGUUUUUUUUAUCAGAGUAAUCAUGGUUUAUAGUAUAUAUGCUUAAAAUAAUGUUAUUAGAAAUAUAUGGUUAUAGAUAAGAUUCCAGCACUGACUGUUAAUUCCCUUGUAAUUUCGGAUUAAAUGAAAGUCAAAUUUAGGCCAAAAGAAAUUGGGUUUGUUAAUAUAAAAUUUUCCUUAGAAUUAUAA